CUUUUCACAACAUUUCCUCUUUUGUCAUAAUAAUAAUCAAAUUAGUUACAUAACUGAAACAGAAACACAAAAUGUCUUCGAUGGGAGCAAACUACGCACAACUGCAUGUCAUGCAGAAGAAGCAAAAGGAGAAGAUGAUGAUGAAGAAGAGACUGGAAAAGGAGAGAGAGGGAGGCGUAGACGGUGGAGAAGGCGUGGGAGUUUCUUCUGCCGCCGCUGGAAAGAGUGAUACCAGAAUAUAUCCAGUCAAGUCUUCUCCGUCGGCAACUUAUGAAGAAGUAGAAGGCAAGAUUGAAAGUGUGAGAAGGUCUUGAGUUCUAUAAGUUUGACUUCGUGGUUUUGUGUGUUCUAUAAGUUAGACUUUGGGGCUUUAUGUGUGAUGUGAUAUAAGUGCCAUCCUUUGCUUCUAGGUUUUAAGUUACGUACUUUGUGUUACUUUGCUGAAUGUUAUUUAUUAGGAAAGGAAUCCUAUUAACAUAUGGAUUACCUUUAUCUUGACUUUAUGCUAUAUAUUAUAGUUAGAUAAGUCCUAAUAGAGUCCUAAUCCCUUAAGGGUUAUCUCAUAAGUAUCGUGUAUACAAACAGAGCUAUUGCUCAAUGAUAAUACAAGUUACAGUUUUAUAUUAAAGUCUCA